UUUUAGAAUUCUUAGUGGUCCUCUUCUUUAGGAGAACAUUUCUAGGGAAUAAUACAAGAAGAUUUAGAAAUCAUAAGACUUUGGGACAGGCAAACUCAGAAUGGUACCACAUGAAAACUCUGGAUCUGCUGAUUUUAGAAGAUGUUUUGUCUACUCGAGUUCCUUCAUUGUUGCUGUGGUCUCAGUUCUCUGUGCCUGUUUGAUUACCAGUUCUCUUGGAGGAACAAACAAAGAGCUGAGACUAGUGGAUGGUGAAAACAAGUGCACUGGGAGAGUGGAGGUGAAAGUACAGGGGGAGUGGGGAACUGUGUGUAAUAAUGGCUGGGACGUGGAUGAGGUCUCUGUAAUUUGUAGGCAGCUAGGAUGUCCAACUGCUAUCAAAACCACUGGAUGGACUAAUUCCAGUGCAGGCUCUGGACGCAUUUGGAUGGAUCAUGUUUCUUGUCGUGGGAAUGAAUCAGCUCUCUGGAACUGCAAACAUGAUGGAUGGGGAAAACAUAACUGCACUCACCAACAGGAUGCUGGAGUAACCUGCUCAGAUGGAUCCAAUUUGGAGAUGAAGCUGAUGAAUGGAGGAAACCGGUGUUCAGGAAGAAUAGAGAUCAAAUUCCAGGGACAGUGGGGAACAGUUUGUGAUGAUAAUUUCAAUGUGCGUCAUGCUUCUGUGGUUUGUAAACAACUUGAAUGUGGAAGUGCUAUCAGUUUUUCUAGUUCAGCUAUUUUUGGAGAAGGUUCUGGACCAAUCUGGUUUGAUGAUCUUGUAUGCAAUGGAAAUGAGUCAGCUCUCUGGAACUGCAAACACGAAGGAUGGGGAAAGCAUAAUUGUGAUCAUGCUGAGGAUGCUGGAGUGAUUUGCUUAGAUGGAGCAGAUCUGAGCCUGAGACUGGUAGAUGGAGUCACUGAAUGUUCAGGAAGAUUAGAAGUGAAAUUCCAAGGAGAAUGGGGGACAGUGUGUGAUGAUGGUUGGGAUAGUAAUGAUGCUGCUGUGGCAUGUAAGCAACUGGGAUGCCCAACAGCUGUCACUGCCAUUGGUCGAGUUAAUGCCAGUGAGGGAACUGGAAACAUUUGGCUUGACCGUGUUUCCUGCCAUGGAAAUGAAUCUGCUGUCUGGCAGUGCAAACACCACGAAUGGGGAAAGCAUUAUUGCAAUCAUAUUGAAGAUGCGGGUGUGACAUGUUCUGAUGGAUCAGAUCUGGAACUGAGACUUAAAGGUGGUGGCAGCCGCUGUGCUGGGACAGUGGAGGUGGAAAUUCAGAAAUUAGUAGGGAAAGUGUGUGAAAGAGGCUGGGGACUGAAAGAAGCUGAUGUGGUUUGCAGGCACCUGGGAUGUGGAUCUGUACUCAAAACAUCCUAUCAAGUUUAUUCCAAAAUUAAUCCAACAAACACAUGGCUGUUUGUAAGCAGCUGUAAUGGAAAUGAGACUUCGCUUUGGGACUGCAAGAAUUGGCAGUGGGGUGGACUUAGCUGUGAUCACUAUGAAGAAGCCAAAAUUACCUGCUCAGCCCACAGGGAACCAAGACUGGUUGGAGGGGACAUUCCCUGCUCUGGUCGUGUUGAAGUAAAACGUGGUGACACAUGGGGCACCAUCUGUGACUCUGACUUCUCUCUAGAAGCUGCCAGUGUACUGUGUAGGGAAUUACAAUGUGGCACAGUCAUUUCUAUCAUGGGGGGAGCUCACUUUGGAGAAGGAAAUGGACAUAUCUGGGCUGAAGAAUUCCAGUGCGAUGGACAUGAGUCCCAUCUUUCACUGUGCUCAGUAGCACCCCGCCCAGACGAGACUUGCAGCCACAGCAGAGACGUUGGAGUAGUCUGCUCAAGAUACACAGAAAUCCUCUUGGUGAAUGGCAAAUCCCCAUGUGAAGGAAGAGUGGCGCUCAAGGUUCUUGGGUCCUGGGGAUCCCUCUGCAACUCUCACUGGGACAUGGAAGAUGCCCACGUUUUGUGCCAGCAGCUGAAAUGUGGAGUUGCCCUUUCUACCCCAGAAGGAGCACAUUUUGGGAAAGGAAGUGGUCAAACCUGGAGGCACAUGUUUCACUGCACUGGGACUGAGCAGCACAUAGGAGAUUGUCCUGUAACUGCUCUGGGUGCAUCGCUAUGUUCUGCAGAGCAAGUGGCCUCUGUAAUCUGCUCAGGAAACCAGAAUCAGACACUAUCCCCAUGCAAUUCAUCAUCUUCAGACCCAACAAGCUCUACCAUUUCAGAAGAAAGUGCUGUUGCCUGCAUAGGGAGUGAUCAAAUUCGCUUGGUAAAUGGAAGUGGUCGCUGUGCUGGGAGAAUUGAGAUUUAUCAUGAGGGCUCCUGGGGGACCGUCUGUGAUGACAGCUGGGACCUGAUUGAUGCCCAUGUGGUGUGCAGACAGCUGGGCUGUGGAGUGGCCAUUAAUGCCACUGGUUCUGCUCAUUUUGGGGAAGGAACAGGGUUAAUCUUGCUAGAUGAGAUAAACUGUAAUGGAAAAGAAUCUCAUAUUUGGCAAUGCCCUUCACAUGGCUGGGGGCGGCACAAUUGCAGGCAUAAGGAGGAUGCAGGAGUUAUCUGCUCAGAGUUCAUGUCUCUGAGACUGAUCAGUGAAACCAGCAGAGAGACCUGUGCUGGGCGUCUGGAAAUUUUUUAUGAUGGAGCUUGGGGCAGCGUGGGCAAGAGUAAUAUGUCUCUAACCACUGUGGAGGUGAUAUGCAGGCAGCUGGGCUGUGCAGACAAAGGGCAUAUCAUCCCUGCAUCUGUGGUCAAGACAAUGUCCAGACACAUGUGGGUGGACAACGUUCAGUGUCCGAAAGGUUCUGACACAUUAUGGCAGUGCCCAUCAUCUCCAUGGAAGCGGAGACUGGCCAGCCCCUCAGAGGAGACCUGGAUCACAUGUGCCAACAAGAUAAGACUUCAAGAAGGAAACACUACUUGUUCUGGACGUGUGGAGAUCUGGCAUGAAGGUUCCUGGGGGACAGUGUGUGAUGACUCUUGGAACUUUGACAAUGCUCAGGUGGUGUGUCGACAGCUGGGCUGUGGCUCAGCUUUGGAGCCACUAAAAGAGGCAGCAUUUGGUCAGGGAACUGGACCCGUAUGGCUAAAUGAAGUGAAGUGCAAAGGGAAUGAAUCUUCCUUGUGGGAUUGUUCUGCCACAUCCUGGGGACACAGUGACUGUGGGCACAAGGAAGAUGCUGCUGUGAUCUGCUCAGGACCUGUAACCAAAGAACCAUCAAAUAUCACAGGUCUCGCAUUCCUUGUUGCAUUCGGAUUCAUUCUGUUGGCUGGUCUCCUUGCGCUCCUCUUGUGGACUCAGAAGCGAAGACAGUUACAGCGACUUACAGUUUCCUUGAGAGGAGAGCAUUCUGUCUCCCAAGUUCAAUACCAGGAGAUGAAUUCCUGCCCCAAAGCAGAUGACCUGGACCUGCUGAACUCCUCAGAGACCAUUCUGAAGUACACUGAAAAAGAAAAUGGGAAUUAUAAUCCAGUGAGCCUUUGACAUACCUUGAUGAAGACCUGGACUAUUGAAUGAAGAAUUCAACUCCUUCACUGAAGAUCACAAUACAGUCCUAUUUUCCCUAUAUUCCAAAGACUGCUGCUAAAUUUAUAAAAAUUAAAUUGAUGACUGUGACUACUAAAAGUUGUAUAAUACUUUCAGUGUGAUUAAAUAAAAACUGAUUUGAAUUUGUCUUAA